UGACGUCACGUAUUAAAGUCCCGUGUCAGAAGUGGAAUCUCGAUACACUUUUGUCGUGGGUAAUUCGGGAAUUAUUAUUUUCAACUUUAAAAUCGGAGGAGUUUAUUUGUUUAAAUCGUGUCAUACUUUAGAAAACGUGUGCCUGGUACUCUUGUGUAGUCAGUUGUUAGCAGUUGUGUAGCUGCAGGAUAAACGAUGCCUGCCCGGAACCUAGUGUCCAGCAGCGGCUUCGGGAGUAGCAGCAGCGUAGCUGAUCACAGUAAAGUCAGGUAUUCCAGGUUGGCAACUGAUGAUGGUGGAUACAUAGACUUACAGUUCAAAAAGAGCCCACCCAAAGUUCCGUACAAAGCCAUCACCUUGGCCACGGUUCUCUUCUUGAUCGGCUCUCUGUUAAUCGUCAUUGGUGCUCUUCUUCUGGCUGGAUACUUUGGAGUCACUCACACCGACCGGACUAUACCUGUUCUCAUCAUUGGAAUCCUUGUCUUCCUGCCUGGAUUUUACCACCUAAGAAUAGCUUAUUAUGCAUCAAAGGGUUACCCAGGAUAUUCCUAUGAUGAUAUUCCAGACUUUGAUGACUAAUCUUUAUACUGGAUUAAGCUGGAAGCUACAUCCACAUUACUUUGGUUUCGAAAAACAACUUUUAGUUAGAUUUAGUUUCUUGCUUUACAAUUGGCUGUAGCAGAUCGUUGGAGUUGCCACAAGGGGACUUUACUAAUUGCAAAAAGUACAUUUUUGUUAACCAUAUGGACCAUAUUUAUCAUAUGGAGUUUAUGGUCUGAAAAAUUGGUUUUUAAUAGAUAGGCUGAUUUUUUUUUUUUUAAUUUUAACUAAACAAGUACAGUACAUAUCAAUUACAAAAGUUUAUACAUAUGGUAAAUAAGCAGAUACAGUUAGGCCUAUAAAUGUUGGGACAGUGACAAAAGUUUUGUUAUUUCAGCUGUUUACGAAAACAUAUUUAGGCUAUGGGCUUAAAGUGCAGACUCUCACCUGUAAUUUGAGAGCAUUCACAUCCAUAUUAGAGCAAGAGUUUAGGAAUUACAGGUCUUGAAUACAUAGCUGCCUCUUUUUCAAGGGAUCAAAAGUGGACAAUUGACUCAGAAGGCUGCAAAGGGCUCUUCCCUCAUUAACCUGUCAUCAAUUAAGCAGUCAAAAGUCUGGAGUUGAUUCCAGGUGCAGGUCCAGGCGAACACACAACAUGGGGUCAAAGGAGCUCCCAAUGGAGGUGAAACAGACCAUCAUGAGGCUGAAAAAAAGAAGAAAUCCAUCAGCGAGAUGGCAGAAAUGUUAGAGUGCACUGGUGAGCUUGGGAACUCAAAAAAGGCCUACACGUCCACGGAAGACGGUGGAUGAUCCACUCAAGUGAAGAACACCCUUCAGGAAGUAGAUGUAUCAGUAUCUAAGUCUACAAUAAAGAGAAGACUUCAUGAGAGUAAAUACAAAGGAUUCACCACAAGGUGCAAACCAUUAAUCAGCCUCAAAAACUGAAGGGCCAAAAAUUACUUUGCUCAAGGCAAAACUUAAGGCAGAAAGACCCACAAACAAGUAACAACUAAAGACAGCUGUAGUAAAGGCAUCACAAAGGAGAAAACCCAGCCUUUGGUGAUGUCCAUGAGUUCCAAACUUCAGGCAGUCAUUGUCUGCAAAGGAUACUCAACAAAAUGCACUUCAGUUCCGUUGUAGUUGUUUUAUUUCAAAUCCAAUGUGGUGGCAUGCAGAGCCCAAAUAAUGAACGAUUGUGUCACUGCCCAAAUAUUUCUGGGCCUAACUGUACUUCAUUGACAGUAUAUUCUGUUUCCAGGUGAAGCUUCAGUUUGUUUCUGGACUUAGAGAACAAGCUAUACUCUUCCUUGAAUGGACAGACAUCACAAAAACAGCCAUUAGGUUUACAAACAAUGUUUGCGUCAUAAAUAACAAACAUGGAGGCUUUUCAUAUUUUCAUAUCAGUUUUCCUAAUUCAGUUUUAUCACUAAUUGCCUAUAUCAGCACGUCAGAGGUAUUUUAAUAUCAGAGAAGACAGAAGCAGGGCGUACUGUAACUUUUGUUCUCUUACAACAGCAGCAAUGUACAAUUCAGAAAAAUCUCAUACGUUGCCCUGGACUGCUGAAUCCAGUGAUUACUUGUUUGUUACUUGAUUUUCAACCGGAUUUAUCUAAUCGACACAAUGUAUUUAAUGUACAUCCUAUUAAAACAAGCUUAAUCAAAUUUAACUAUGACGCAAGAGGUACAAAUCUUAUGAUGAAACCCAAUUAAAUUAUAGACUUGCAAUGGUAA